GUAUAUCUCAACCAAUCUUACACUUCGAGCUCACAUUCGUCAUUCCUUUUGCUCGAUCCCUUCGAUCCUGUGGUGGUCGACUCAAUUAUAUACCUAUAUCCCUAUUUUGCAAGGGUUCUGCCCGUACCCACAUUGUCAAGUCCUCGUUGUUAUCCUCAGCGUUCAAAUCUGUAUCCACGAGAUUGUUUAGAACAAUUUAAGGGAUCUUUCUUAUAUAUAGGAACUUUCAAAGUUCCGGCGACUAGGCAUUCAGCUAUGCCUGCGAGACAGCCGACAACGUGGGAUGAAUAUGAACGCGGGGCCUCUCCAGGCCGAAGCGACAGUCUAUCUUCCUUUGCUAACCAAAGUGUUCGCUCUGAGGAUCAAGCCUUGUUGAGUGAACAGAGUGGCAAUGAAUACGAUGAAGACCGGCCACAUCGAACAGGACGAAGAUCGUCUAUGACAAACCGCCUUGCUGCGUUGACCGAUAUUGGAGGCGUUAACAGUAUCAGGUCUUUUAGUAGAAGUUGGCAGCGCGCUGCUGUUUUCCCUGAAAUCAUACCACAACAGCCAUCAUUCACAUUUGCUCCCGAUCAACAACCAGUCCAGGAAGUGGAUCCUAGCCCAUAUGCUAGGCGCGACAUCGAAGCGGGUCCUAGGACGUCUCUUUUAAGGAGUGGCCUUGAGGAGGCAUCGCCGUCCGAUAAUGUCGACAAUAGGGGAUCAGGGCUCGCCGAAACGCCUUCGUCGCAAACAGAUGGGCCGGAGGGUGAACGUAAACGCUUAGGCGAUGACCUCUUCAGAACAGCAUCACCAUCUGGCUCCGUCCGCAGCAAUUCAAUAUUCGCAGUACCGCCACAUCUAUCUGUUUCUCCUUUAGUUGGCAGCUAUGGAUCUGUUCGUAGUUACGGUACUGUUGAGACGGCAGCUUCUUAUUCUUCCAUGAUCCACGCCGCAGACUUGUGGCGCCGACAGCGAGAGUCGGGAGCUAAUGUCCCCGAUGGAGAACGACCGCACAUUCUAGUGAAGGAGGUCGAACAAGAAGGGAGAAUUGUGCUAGCCGUGUCGGGUCAAUCGACGCUGCCUCAAACAGUUGUAAACUCUACCAAUGUCUUAAUCGGCGUUGGCAUAUUGAGUCUGCCCAUGGGCCUCAAAUAUUCCGGCUGGCUCUGUGGACUAGUUGCUCUCCUGUUAUGCGCCGGAAUUACCAGCUGGACAGCCAGGCUAUUAGCAAAAUGCAUGAACCUCGACCCAACCAUCAUCACAUUUUCUGACAUAGCGUACAUUUCCUUCGGUCGCAAAGCCCGCAUCGUGACAGCAGUACUAUUUACCCUUGAAUUGCUUGCGGCUUGUGUGGCUCUCAUCGUGCUUUUCGCCGACUCUUUAGCGCUCCUGUUUCCCGGUACACUAAGCAUCACCGAGUGGAAAGUUGUUUGUACCCUAGUCCUCAUACCUUUGCAAUUCGCUCCACUGUCUCUCCUAUCUGUUACCAGCUUUGUCGGCGUACUCUCAUGUUUAAGUAUUGCCAUCAUUGUUAUUAUUGAUGGCUUAUUAAAACCGCAUGCACCCGGCUCCCUCAUAGAUCCCGCUGCGACGUACUUGUUCCCAGCCAACUGGUUGACACUACCCCUAUCCUUUGGACUACUCAUGUCUCCUUGGGGCGGACAUAGUGUUUUCCCGAACAUCUACCGUGAUAUGCGACAUCCAUACCGUUACAAAGAGGCCGUUAGUUAUACAUUUAGCUUUACUUUAAUCGUAGAUGCCGCUGUUGCCAUCGUGGGAUUACUAAUGUUCGGUGAUGGUGUUCGCGACGAGAUCACAAGCAACAUUCUUGAGAACACAGGAUAUCCUGAAGUUACGAGGAUUCUUCUUGUGAUUUUCAUUGCUAUCAUCCCCUUGACGAAAAUACCUCUAAACUCACAACCAAUCGUCACAACAUUGGAAGUUGUAUUCGGGCUUCGUCAGCAAGUUGUGUCCGAAGAGACCCCUCUCGUCGGUCUCUCUAGUAGCUCGAGAGGAGUCCUGAAGGCCCUCGUCCGGAUCCUAACGUUACUAGUAUUUUUGGCGAUUGCUAUUCUCUUUCCAGCCUUUGACACAAUCAUGGCAUUCAUGGGUAGCGCCCUAUGCUUCACCAUUUGUGUUACACUUCCUCUAGCCUUCUACCUAAAGCUAUUCGGCCAUGAAAUCAAUGUGCGAGAGCGCAUGGUCACUUGGACUAUUAUGAUCAUAUCUUGUGCUAUAUCUCUUGUUGGAACCGUUUGGGCUUUCUUACCUAAGGAUCUCAUUGGGGCAAACUGAUAGAGAAAAAGCGUGUUAGAUCGAAUUUCAUAUGGGUGGGCUUUCAAGGGGCGUUGGGGCUAUUUUGAACUUCCCGGCAUAGUAGGAUUCAUAUGCAUCAGCAUAAUCAACAAGCGUGGCACAGACGUUAGAAUAAUAUCGUAGCAUCAUACUUUAUACCUUGGUGGAUAUUUGCACAUCAGAUAAUAUUGGUUUAGUUUUACGUAUAGGAUAG